UCGGUCUAGUCUGUGCUACGUCUAUGGUGGAUGGCUCUGACCUCUCACCCGGAGUCAGACAGACGUCAGGAAGCGGAUCAAUGCUGCAGAUCUGUCAACAUUUGUUUUUAUUUCUGUAAUUAAAUAACCGCUGUCAAACUGCGCGGGUUGAGGACAUUUCUUCCCCUCGCGAGCGAAAGUUUCCUCCCCGGCGAAUGAAUGGCAAUGACGGCGGUGAGAGCGAUGGCAGCGGGGGGCCCGGCGUCUUUGUCCCGAUUCAGAGGCGCUCUGGUCGCGGGCGUUCUGGGGGACUGCAUCGGCGGCGAGUUUGAGGGAGCGGAGGAGGUUCCUAUGGAGAGCGUCCUGCAGCACCUGAGCGGCCUGGAAGACGAAACCAAAGGAAACGGCGUCCUUGAAUACAGUGACGACACAGCGAUGACCCGCUGCGUGGUUCAGUCUCUCCUCACUCGAGCAGGGUUUGAUGAACAGGACUUGGCUCGCAGGUUUGCAAAGGAGUACAGCACCUCCCCAGGUCGUGGGUAUGGGAACGGAGUGAUCCAGGUGUUGAAAAAGCUCUCCUCGUCCCAGCUGAGUGAUGUAUAUCAGCCAGCCAGAGAUCAGUUUAAUGGUCGGGGGUCUUUCGGGAAUGGAGGGGCCAUGAGGACGGCGCCCUUUGCUUUGACAUUUCCUGACCGGGCUGAUGUUAAAAGGUUUGCCCGUCUUGGCGCCAUGUUGACACACUCCUGCUCCCUGGGCUACAAUGGAGCAAUCCUGCAGGCCUUGGCUGUUCAUUUCUCCCUGCAAGGAGCGCUGGACCUGCCUCUGCAGUUCAUCAACAGUCUUAUUGCAGAGAUGGAGGAAGUGGAGGACAACAAAGACGCACGCAACGAUGCAAGGAUUUUAAAGGAAGCAGAAAAGCCGUUCUGUGAGCGUCUGCACAGAGUCAGAGACCUGAUGAACAGAAGCAAAGUCAGCAUAGAGGAAGUCAUCUCUGAACUGGGUAACGGCAUUGCAGCACUCCAUUCUGUCCCCACUGCCAUCUUCUGUGUCCUGCACUGCCUGCAGCCCCGGGAAGGCCUUCCAGAGAGCUAUGGUGGCCUGGAGAGGACAAUAGCGUAUAGCUUGGCUCUUGGAGGGGACACAGACACCAUAGCCUGCAUGGCUGGGGCCAUAGCAGGGGCCCAUUAUGGCAUUGAGGCCAUUCCUCAGUCUUGGAUAAGGUGCUGCGAGGGAGCGGAGGAUGCUGACGUGAAUGCCGAACGGCUUCAUAAGUUAUACCACCAGUUGUCUCAGGGGGGCAGGAGUGAGACAGACAAACAGCAAUGGUACAGAGAAGAAAACCGGAGUGGAGUGAAAACUGGAGUGGAGUGAUCCAGCUGGAUUUCUUUGUCUAAAGGACUCUGACACGCACAUUAAGAAACACUAUGAAAAGACUUUUUAUUACUUUUUUGGGGAUUCAGACGGUGUUAAAACCUGCAAUCUUUCAGUAAAAAAUUGUUUGUUUCAAUUGUGUUUAUGUUAUUGUCAAGUUACUAAGCAUGAAAUCUGAACAAACAGAACUCCAGUGAUUUUGUUUUGUGCUGAACAAUCAUCUGUCUUAUGGAAAGUUGCACUAUGAAUUGUGUUGUUUUAACCCUUUUGUCUGGUAUUAAACUUAUGAUUUGCACAAAA